UUUUUUUGAACAGUUUCAUGUGUCAGUCCUGCUUGCCACAGAGAGUUUGUGGCAAGCAGGACUGAGAAAUACAUGUAACCUGCCUGCCUGUGUUAACACCAGAGGCCCAAAACAAGGUUGGCCUCUCUAGCUUCUUUGUGGCUACGUAACUUCCCCUCAGCUUCUGCACUGCAUGCGGCUGCAGCAGAGUGCAACUCUACCUUUUCCUUUAUCUGACAACCUUGGCAGCGACAGCACAGUGACAGAAACCCUCACUGAUUUAAGAACGGUGUAUCGCUCUCAAGGCUUUUUAUCCAAAGAGAUCUCUGAAGGACCCCUGAAGAAGAAGAAGAAGAUGUUGAGGCGAAAGCCCUCCAAUGCCUCGGAGAAAGAGCAAGUGCAGAAGAAGAAGCUCAGUCUGCAGAGGUCCAGCAGCUUCAAGGACUUUAUGAAGCACAAACCUUCUUCUCCUGUGUCGGAGAAGGAGUUUACCUUGGAGGAGAAUUUGGCAGAGCAAGCUGUGAAAAGUGGCAACAAACUGGGAAAGACAUGGCGCAACGUCAUCUCACGUACCAUGACCCGAAAAACAUCCAAGAUGGUGCAGAAGGCUCUGGCUGAGGGGGCUGAGAGUGGUGACGACCUCUCUCCGGUCUCUUCUGACUGGCUUCCAGAUCUGAGUGCAGGACAAAGGACGUCUGUGUGCUCCACCGGGUCCGAGGACACAGUGUCCAGCCUCAUCACCCGCCAGUUCUCAGGCAGUAGCGACAGACAGAGCCUGGACAGCGGGUACUGCCAGAGGGACAGCAUGAGGCUGGAGGAGAACGGCGUCUCUUACAACGGGCCGUUCUGCGGCCGCGCUCUGGUCCACACCGACUUCACUCCCAGCCCCUACGACGUGGAGUCACUCAAACUCAAUAAAGGAGACAUCAUCUACAUCAUUGAGAAGCCUCCUGUAGGGACCUGGACGGGGAAGCUCAACAACAAAAUGGGCUCCUUUAAGUUCAUCUACGUCAACCUGCUGCCCGAGGAGAGCCCUCCUGUCAGGAGGAGACGCGGCAACAGCAAGAACCGCCGAUCCAAAUCCAAACCCAAAACCCUGGAGGAGGUCCUGGACAGCAUCGGCCUCACUGAGCUGAGUUCCUUGCUGUCCAUGCAUGGUUUUCAGAACCUGGAGGACUUUGCAGGACUGAAGCAGUCUCACCUCAAUGAGCUGAACAUCACAGACCCAGACGAGCGCUCCAAGAUCCUGAACGCCUCUGAACUGCUGAGAGACUCCGAAGACGAGUCAGAGCCAGAAGAGGAGGACAGAUCUGGGGAGGAUGACAAGGAGCCGAGGGAUUCGGGCUGUUUCGAGAGCUCCGAGAACCUGGAGAGCCGCCGUGAGGAGCCCAAGACCGAGGAGAGACUCCAAGAGGAGGCGGAAAAACACGAGCAGCAAGAGGAGCAAACAGAGCAGAUGGACGCUCUGCAGGAGCAGCUGCAGGAGCUGACGGUGGAUGAAGGAUCUUGAGAUGUAAGGGGAAAAAAAACUUCUUUCCUUUUUACUUCCUGGUUCUCAGGGACUCUUUGGCCGGAGGUGUUCCGCCAUUAAAAUGCCUCUUCACCAUCAGACAAUGGACUGGUGAUUGUUCAAAUACUGCAUCAGGAUGAUGGUCUUUGUAGUCCACAGUUGAGCAAGCUGCAGAGUUCCUCUUUGUCUGCCGCAGCUCAGUGCGCUGCUUAAAUGUUGUUUGUUGUUGUUGUUUUCCUGCCGAGGAUAUCGUGCAAGCUGUUUGUUUAUGGCAACGCAUUUUAAGGGCGUUCCUUUCCAUUAUGAACCGGUCUUAAAGGCUUUCAUGGCUUUCAGUCUCUUUUACAAUUAUGAUUGUAAAAUAUUUUAACUUUAAAUGAAUUGUAACUUUCAGUAGUUUGCUUUUAUGUGUGAAAUGGAGUAUUUUCACUGAUUUGUUACAUUAUGAGCAGGUUGUUAACAGUUGCUGUAAAUAGAAUUGAAAUAAAACUAAAUUCACUGAGAUGUU